UGAAAAUCGUACCGAAACCGCGUCACCGUUCGAAGACAGUGCAGCCAGAGAGAGACAUCCGGUUACGUUCCAACGCAAUGGCCAUACCAACCGUGAAACAACUGAUUAACCUUCGAUACUACCAUCCCCACUACAGCAACAGGAUCCUGGACCUCGGUGAAUGUCAUUGAUCUGCAAUUACAAAUGGAUGCCGACGACGUUUCAGGAUGUUUCCGUUUUCGGUUUUCACUCCUCUCCUUCUUUUAUUACUCUCGAUCGACAGACCUUUCGCUCGCUUUUUCAUUUUGCAAAAAAAAACACAAUAAAAAGAUUUUUCUCCCUUUGAAAACUUCGUCUUUGCCUGUUUUAUCCCAGCACCACAUAUAUAUGUUUCUUCCUCUCUGUAUUAUUUCUUUCGUAUUUCUGUAUUUUGGGCUCUUGCAGAGAAAGAGGGUAUCGAGAAGGCAGAGGGAGAGAGAUAGAUGAAUACGAAGUCGACGAGACAAACGUCAUCGAUAGACGAUAGACGACGAAAAAUCCAAGGCAACCGCGAAACAAACGACAACUCGUUGAUUACUCUCGUCGACUUUAUGCUUUUUCGUGUUCCUACGUAUCUCCGUGACGAACUCGUGGCUUCGCAGCGAUUUCUCAAUAAUUUUGUAAAAUAUAGAACUUAUAAAAGGGUAGAGGUAAGAGAAAAGCGGAUAGAAACGAUCGGUGGCGAACGAAGAUUGGGUACGAAGAUCGUAGAGGAAGAAGAAUAGAGAAAUGCGUGAAAUCGCUCAUCUCCAAGCUGGCCAAUGCGGCAAUCAGAUAGGGGCUAAGUUUUGGGAAGUGAUCUCCGACGAGCAUGGUAUCGAUCCAACGGGCACUUAUCACGGUGAUUCCGAUCUCCAGCUAGAACGUAUAAACGUUUAUUACAACGAAGCGUCAGGUGGAAAGUAUGUUCCUAGGGCGAUCCUGGUCGAUCUAGAGCCCGGUACCAUGGACGCAGUGCGCUCUGGACCGUUCGGUCAGAUAUUUCGACCGGACAAUUUUGUUUUUGGACAGAGCGGCGCCGGCAAUAAUUGGGCUAAAGGGCACUAUACCGAAGGAGCGGAACUCGUCGAUUCCGUUCUCGACGUUGUACGAAAAGAAGCUGAAAGCUGCGAUUGUCUUCAAGGGUUUCAGUUAACGCAUUCUCUUGGCGGUGGAACGGGCGCUGGAAUGGGCACGUUGCUUAUUUCGAAGAUUCGCGAGGAAUACCCGGACAGAAUUAUGAUGACGUUUAGCGUGGUACCCUCUCCAAAGGUAUCGGACACCGUGGUGGAGCCUUAUAACUGCACUCUAUCCGUGCAUCAGUUGGUUGAAAAUACAGACGAAUCUUACUGUAUCGACAACGAAGCCCUCUAUGAUAUUUGUUUCCGUACUUUAAAGUUAACAACACCAACCUACGGCGACUUGAAUCACCUGGUGAGCGCGACGCUUAGCGGAGUAACCACGUGUUUAAGAUUCCCUGGACAGCUAAACGCUGAUUUGCGUAAACUCGCUGUAAAUAUGGUACCUUUUCCCCGACUGCAUUUCUUUAUUCCUGGCUUCGCGCCUCUAACGUCCAGAGGUUCGCAGCAGUACAGAGCUCUCACGGUACCAGAACUCACGCAACAAAUGUUCGACGCAAAAAAUAUGAUGGCAGCGUGCGAUCCUCGUCAUGGUCGUUACUUGACAGUCGCAGCUGUUUUUCGAGGGAGAAUGUCGAUGAAAGAGGUGGACGAACAAAUGCUCAAUAUCCAGAAUAAGAACAGCAGUUACUUCGUCGAGUGGAUUCCCAGUAACGUUAAGACCGCUGUCUGCGAUAUUCCUCCUCGCGGAUUAAAAAUGUCGGCGACUUUCAUUGGAAACUCGACGGCCAUUCAGGAAUUGUUCAAAAGAGUAUCGGAACAGUUUACGGCGAUGUUCAGGCGGAAAGCUUUCCUGCAUUGGUACACAGGAGAGGGUAUGGAUGAAAUGGAAUUCACCGAAGCUGAGAGCAAUAUGAACGAUUUGGUUUCCGAGUACCAGCAAUAUCAAGAAGCCACCGCCGAGGAAGAGGGCGAGUUUGACGAAGAAGAAGAGGGCGAGGGUGAACACCCGUGAGCUUGAAUUAUCUUUACAAAAAUUAUUCUAGUUGUCGCGGUCGCCGCGGCUAACGCCGCUCCAACAUCUCCAUCGACGGCCAAACAGGAAACUUCCGCCGACUCCAUCCCCCUACCAACCCCUACACCGGCUCCAGCACCGGCUCUAGCACCGGCUCUAGCUUCG